UUGUGUUUCUUUAUUGAGAUUAUUGACAACGUUUUGAUAAGAAUUAGUCUCAAAAUGAUAAAGUUAUCAAUUAUUCAGAAUUGAAAGCUUUUAAUCCGCUUUCGAUUGUUUUGCGAUAUUGGUAAAGUUCCCCAUUAGCCACUGGUGUUUUGGAUCGAUUAAAGCCAAAAGAACGAUAUGUGAAGUGAAUUUUUGCUGGAAAAAGUGAGAAAAAUGACAUCGUUCAUCGAGAGAGAAUUGCGAGAUUUCGAAGACCCAGACACAACACCCCACUUGGACCGGAAAAGAACUGUUAGGUCAAUUUUCUGCACUCAAUUGGCCAAGGGAAUUUUCAUCGCGUUAAUUGUCGCUAUCCUAGUGCCCACGUUGACUUACUUCUUCGUUAUAUCCAGAAACGUGCCCGAUAACGACGAGGAUGCGGAGCAAUACUACUGCCUCAUCCUGGAAGAGUUCCGAAUCCCAUGCGGGAACUUGAACAUUUCGCAAAACGAGUGCGAAAUUGCCAACUGCUGCUUUAACGAAACCACUAGAAAAUGCCACCACUAUCUACCAUCCAAAUAUUACUACCGCUUAAAGAGCGAUGGAACUUACAGAGCCUCCCAAAGCUCAUCCCCAGUAGGCUCAGUGAUGGUUCAAAAUCUCCAGCUAACCAUUCAGAAUAAAAGUGCCACAACACUGUCUCUGACCAUUCACGAGUCUUCAGAAACCAUCGAGCCCAUUAACGUGGAAAGCACCAAUUUCACCAUAACUCAAUCCGAUACGAAAAUGGUCCUUGAAGUCGCCGAUCCGGAUGGAGAUACGAUUUUCAGCACCUCAAAGGGAGCGUUAAUCGCUUCGGAAAACUACUGGGAAUGGUCGUUUCAGUUUUCCAACGGCACAUUAUUUGGGCUCGAUCGCAAUUCGAUCGAGCUGGAGCCCAGUGAAGCCUUGACCAAAGUGAUUUAUAAAAACCGACUGGACCAUUUGACUCAACCCAUUCUAUGGGCGCACCAAAAUGGAAAGUUUCACGGGGCGCUUUUCCGCAACGAGGGCCCUUUGGAGAUUCAGAUCCUCUCCUCCAACAUGGUGAUUCUGCGAAGCUUAUUGGGGGGAAAGUUGGAAGUGGAGUUGUUUCUGGGGCCGACUCCUGCUGAUUUGUAUCGCAGCCAAACCGAGGAAGUUACAGUGCCGCCUUUGUGGUUUUUAGGCACGCAUCACUGCAGGAAAGGCGACUCGAUGAUUCUAAGCGAGUUGUUAGCUGCUUACGCCGCAAACGAUGUCUCAGACUUCGAUACGGAUUGUUUCCAUGAGAACCUCUUCUUGGCCCUACAGAACUCCAGCAAACUGAAGCAGGAUGUUGAGGAAGUUCAGGAUUAUAUCAAUGAGUCCAUCAAGGGAGGCAGGAAGUUCCUGCUGUCGUUGCCCCCACAUAUCUUGAACGAUGCGGGGAAUGAACUGUACCAAACAGCCCAGAAGCUGGAUGUGCUGUACAAAUAUCAAUCGGGUUUAAUCUACAAUGGAACCUAUCUGGGACAGAAGGUGGUGUUUCCGGACUUUUCCAACGAAACCAUCCGCCAGUACAAUGAAGUCUUAAUCAACUGGCUGGAAACUGUUUUAAAAGUUGACUCAUUUAGCGGCUUUGUUAUGAACGACAACUGGCCCCAAGACGAGAGCUAUGAGAACGUGGAAAAGGGCGAUUUUCCCUACUACUCCAGCGCAAUAGAGGAUCAGAUGCAGUAUACCCUGCCAUGGACAGUCCAAGGAACCGACAAGGUUCUCCACUUAAAAAAACACAAUUCCUACGGCGAGUUCCAGAACAGUUCGCUUCACGCCUACUUAAAGUCCUGGUCAAGCGAGGAACCAUUGAUUGCAUCCUCCACUAAACAGUAUGGAAACACUGAGCCUGUAAUCUCAGACCAUUUGGACACCACUUGGGACAACUUCCGCAUAUAUUUAAACAAGAUUUUAUUCAGCAGCAUUACAGGAAACCGAUUGGUCGGCUUGCCGAUAUGCGGAGACACAGCCUCAUAUAACAAGACCCUGCACGAAGCUUUAUGCAUCAGAUGGUAUAUCGCCGCAGCAACCAUGCCCUACUUCCGCGUCUCAUCAGGCGACGUAUUCCGAGAUCCCGCUAAUCUCAACUCCCAAUUCGCGGCGAAUAUUGUCCGGGCCGCAAUGGAAAGAAGAAAACUGUUACAAGACUACUAUUACACUCUUCUGCAGAACCCAGCGCCGCUAGUCCGCCCAAUGUAUUACGACUAUUUCAAGAAUAACGUAACUUUUUCAAUGGAAGGGCAAUACACCAUAGGUAGUGAACUUAUUGUCGCUCACCCUCUAAGCGUAGGAAAAAACAAGCUGCAGGUGUUCUUGCCCAAGGAAAAAGCGGUUUGGUAUGAGUUCUGGGGCGGGACGAUGUUUGCACCCCAAGAAGACUCCGAGUAUUUCGACAUCGAUGCCCUCGAAUCGGACUGGACCAUGCUGGUGGCUCAAGGCAAUAUUAUCCCUUUAACAAAAUCCACAACAGUCGAGCUGAUUAUCGCGCUCAAUUGCACCUCAAAGGAAAACUGCCAAGCCAAUGGAAGCUUGCUGAAGGACAAAAAUCUCUUGAAAUUUUCGGCCACUAAAACCGAAGUUACCGUCGAUGGUUUACCCGCAGAUUGCGACUAUACCUUGCGAUACGUGAGCGUUUAUGGCUACCAAAACUACACCAAUGGAUACUCUGGGCUUUAUGAAAAAAAUCUGGAACUGUGCAAUGGAAACGGGAAUAUUACAAUAAAGUACAGCGACGAAGUCCUUUGGAGUUGAAUUUAAAUAAAAA